AUGGCGGAGAUACCUCCCGGUCUCGCGCUGGAGCGCUUUAUCGCGGACAAGUUCGCCGCGCUCUCCCUCUCCGUCCCUUCGGACGAUGUGGAGAUGAUGGCGCGUUUCGUCGAGGAGGACGGCAUCGAGCGGGCGGACAAGCUCGACGGCGUGCGGGGCAUGCUCGAGGGCGCCGUCGACGCGCUGCCGGACGACUCGGCGCUGGACCCCGCCCUCGCCGCGAUCAUGGACGAGCAAGAUCGGCUGGCGGCCGCCGAGGCGGCAGCGGCGGCCGAAGAGGCGGAGCGCGAAGCCGAGCGCGAGCGGAAGAAGAAGGUGGAUGUCGACGCCGUGCUGGCUAGCAUGACCGAGGAGGAGAUUGCCGCCGCGCGCAAGGCCGCGCUGCUCAGGCAGUAUGCGUAUGUCGAGGGCGGGGAGGAGGAGCGGGUGGAGGGCCCGCCGCGCGGCGCCGCGAAGGAGGAGGCGGAGGCGAAGCGCGCGGCCGAGGAGCGCCGGCGGCUCGUCGAGGAGGCGUUGCGGCUGGAUGGGCGCAAGAAGAAGUAUCGCAAGCAGCAGAUCGACGACCCGCUCGAGUGGAACAACCUCAACCGCGAGAAGGUGCAGGCUGUCGCUGCGAUGCAGCGGGCGGCGCAUGCGGAGCAGGCUAAGGCGCGCAAGGAGCGCGACAAGGCCGCGCUCGACAAGCAGCGCGCGGACCAGGCCAAGGCCAAGGCCGAGCGCCAGAAGAAGGCGCAGAAGCAGGAGCGGCGGGCGUAGGCGAUGUGCACAACCAUCUUUUACGGUGUUGCGUCACCCGUCAUGUCGACUGCGGCCUUGCGUCCACUGUAGAUUCAUAAUAUACAUCAAUCACACAUAAUUUGUCUAACCCAGGCAAUGACCCUCAUAAGCAUUGAACCAGUCCACCUU